CUGUGUGCCCGGAACCUUUUUACGCUGGCUUUCCCCAACCCGGAGCUCUUGGGUGUUGCACGGCGGCGGGCCGGAGCCGGUUGCCAAGGCGACGCCUGGGAAGAUGGCUGCGGCGCCUUCGUCGGAUGCCGAUAGCGGCCGAGCUGAAAGCAAGGAGGCCAGUUCGAAAUGGCUGGAUGCGCACUACGACCCCAUGGCCAACAUCCACACCUUUUCCUCCUGCCUGGCGCUGGCGGACUUGCACGGGGACGGGGAGUACAAGCUGGUGGUGGGGGACCUUGGCCCCGGUGGGCAGCAGUCCCGCCUGAAGGUGCUCCAGGGACCCAAGGUGCUGACCGAAAGCCCCCUACCUGCACUGCCGGCCGCUGCUGCCACCUUCCUCAUGGAUCAGCACGAGCCCCGGACUCCAGCUCUGGCGCUGGCCUCGGGCCCUUGUGUGUAUGUGUAUAAGAACCUCAGGCCCUACUUCAAGUUCAGCCUGCCCCACUUGCCUUUAAACCCCCUGGAACAAGAUCUUUGGAACCAGGCCAAGGAGGACCGGAUCGACCCCUUGACGCUGAAGGAGAUGCUGGAGGGCAUCCGGGAGAAGGCAGAGGUGCCCUUGUCCGUGCAGUCGCUCAGGUUCCUGCAGCUGGAGCUGAGUGAAAUGGAGGCGUUCGUGAACCAGCACAAGGCCAGGACCCUCAAACGUCAGACAGUCAUCACCACCAUGACCACCUUGAAGAAGAACCUGGCCGACGAGGACGCUGUGUCCUGCCUGGUGCUGGGCACCGAGAACAAGGAGCUCCUGGUGCUGGACCCGGAGGCCUUCACCGUCUUGGCCAAGAUGAGCCUGCCCAGCGUCCCCGUCUUCCUGGAGGUCUCCGGCCAGUUCGAUGUCGAGUUCCGGCUUGCCGCCGCCUGCCGUAACGGGAACAUCUGCAUCCUGAGAAGGGACUCCAAGGGCCCCAAGUACUGCAUCGAGCUGAGCGCCCAGCCUGUGGGGCUUGUCCGGGUCCACAAGGUCCUGGUGGUGGGCAGCACCCAAGACAGCCUGCAUGGCUUCACCCACAAGGGUAAGAAGCUGUGGACAGUGCAGAUGCCCGCGGCCAUCCUGACCAUGAACCUCAUGGAGCAGCGCGCUCGGGGCCUGCAGGCCGUCAUGGCUGGGCUGGCCAACGGAGAGGUCCGCAUUUACCGCGACAAGACUCUGCUGGACGUCAUCCGCACCCCGAAACGUGUGUUGAGCACCUCCCGAGCACAUCUCGCUGUGUUGGGCCGGGCUAGAAUCCGUGCCUGCAGGGAGCUCACUGCCCGAGGUGCCAGCCAGCCAGAGACGCAGCUGAUUCAGAUACAAGGCAGCCAGAAGGAUGCUGUGACCAGCCUUUGCUUUGGCCGCUACGGGCGGGAAGAUAACACCCUCAUCGCGACUACUCGAGGCGGUGGACUGAUGAUCAAGAUCCUGAAGCGUACGGCCGUGUUUGCGGACAGGGGAGGGGAGGUGGGCCCCCCACCAGCCCAGGCCACGAAACUCAACGUGCCCCGGAAGACCCGGCUCUACGUGGAUCAGACGCUGCGAGAGCGUGAGGCCGGCAUCGCCAUGCACCAGACCUUCCAAACCGACCUCUACCUGCUGCGCCUCCGGGCCGCCCGGGCCUACGUGCAGGCCCUCGAGUCCAGCCUGAGCCCCGUGUCUGCCACAGCCCGAGAGCCACUCAAGCUGCACGCUGUGGUCCAGGGCCUGGGCCCCACCUUCAAGCUCACACUGCACCUGCAGAACACCUCGACAGCCCGCCCCGUCGUGGGGCUGCUGGUCUGCUUCCUGUACGACGAGGCACUCUACGCCCUGCCCCGGGCCUUCUUCAAGGUCCCCUUGUUGGUGCCAGGGCUCAGCUACCCCCUGGAGACCUUUGUGGAGAGUCUCAGUGACAAGGGCAUCUCGGACGUUAUCAAGGUGCUGGUGCUUCGAGAAGGCCAGAGCGCACCCCUGCUGAGCGCGCACAUCAACAUGCCUGUGAGCGAGGGGCUGGCCGCUGCCUGACCCCGGGCUGGAACCAGGACCAGGAAGAUCCAGCCCCUUCCACUGAGCUAGGCAGAAUCAGCGGCCUGGGCCCACUCCCUGCACCGCAGGGUGCGGGGCAACAGCGCCCCUCUGCUCCCCCAAGCUGCCCUCUCUCACCAUCUCGACUGUGGGGCGACUCGCAGCAGCAGGCCCGUGAGUACCCCGGAGGCUCAGCUCCUCUCCUCUCAGGAAGAUGCAGGCGUCGGCUUGCUGGGCUCCUGCUGCUCCCUCUGCUCCUCACUUUCCUCCAGAAACCACGCCCUGCUCUCCCACCGCUCUUUGUUGCUGCUGCUGGCUCGGGCCAGAAUUGGCCGGGGCCCGGCCUGGGGCAGUCGGAGGCUUUUCUUGGGUGAGACCGAGCCCCGUGCUGCUGCUCAGGGUUCCGGAGGCUUGGCCGCUGCUGGUUCAGCUCGCAAGCGAAGCACAUGCUCCGAUCUCCCCUCAUGAGCUGCGCACGGGGCUCUUUCUGUUCGGGGUGCCCAGGGUAUGGCUGCCUCCCUGCACGGGGCUUUUCUGAAACACUGGGCUCAAAGCCUCAGGCCUGCGAUGCCCCACGCAGAGCCCAGAGAGUGUGUGUGUGCAGGGAGCUGGAGGCCCCGCCCCUGCCCGGCUCCUGAAGCCCACACAGCCGCUGAUCCCGCGUGGGCUGCUCGGGCCCAGAGCGGGCACCCGGGAGAGGAAGGCUCCGCUGGACCGGGAGGGUGUUGUCGGGGCAGCGGGAGCGUUUCCGGAGCCCUGGGGAGGCGGCUCGGGGGGUGGGAGCCCAGAACUGCCGAUUGAAACGCGCUUCUUCACCCUGGAGCCCAGAGCAGUCGUGUGAGUGGGAGUCCUCCUGGCAGUGGCUCCAGUGUGAGGGAAUUAGCUGGAACGGUGUGGACCAGAGGCCUGAGUGAGGCAGGAGACCAAAGGCCCGUGUUUAGACCACAAAGGCCAGAGACCCGCAGUCCCGGCCAGUUUGCCUGGCCCACCUCGCAGCACCUGGUGGGCUACCCGUGAGCCGGCAGCCCUGCUCCUGGAGGACCUGUAGCUCCCCCUCUGACCAGGGGCAACCUAGCGUGUGGCCACAGCUCAGGCUUGUGGGCAGUAACCACGUCCCUGGGGGCUUCAGCCUGCCCCUGUGUAAAGUGAGGCAGUGAGACUGGGUUCAGUUCUGGCAUCCUGUGAGCGUGGCGGCCCCUCUAGGGGGGUGAGGAGCUGUCUCCCAGGAGGCCGAGGGCCCAAGCUGGUUGCUACCGCCUGACGACAGCCUCCGUGCCCCAGACGCAGUGAGGGCCUGGGGCAACAGCCCACAGCCACCCCUGACCUCUGAGGAAUGCAUUCUGGGCCAGGUUAAGAAAAGCAAGGCGUCUAAACCAGAAAAGAGCCCAUCCCCCUCUUCUCUAUGCAGUCCGCCACUCAGACAUACACCCGUUGCGGGAGGUUUGACCGGGAAAUGGAAGGGUGGGUAGAGGGCGCGUCUGUCAGAGAGGCUUGGAUUAACCUGAAGAGCUUUCUGAGAGCUUCCCAGAGCCAGAAGGGCCUGCCCUGCACAGUGUGGCCUCCUGUUGCUCGAGUUGUGUCACCACGGCUGGGCUUUCACUGCUCAGAGUUCUUAAGUUGAGCCACGCGACCUCACGGUCCCUUUCACCCGUUACAUGAUGGACCGUGCGAACUCGGAACCAGAAAGUUGGCUCUGGGUCCUCUGCACGGCUAUCCACGAUGACAAGCGUGGAGAAACCGCUCCUGUGCCCGGCACCUACCGUGAAUUUGUACGAUGGAAUGCCACGUGCUGUUACCGACAACACGCGAACCGCGGCGUGGUGGACCGUGUACGGAAAGCAAAUAGGACGCCAGGAGCAGUGCACGGACCCCAGGGGCCUCGCUAGGUAGGGCUCCAGGCAGCGGGGGGCAUUAAGGAUGAGGAGAGUUGGUGUCCUUUUAAAAAAGUAUCUGAAUCCAUGCACCUACCUAGCACUAUGGAGUGAGGCGGUUUAGAAGAAGGAAAGACCCCUCCCCGCCCCCCAGCACCGUGCCCUGCUCUCGGCCAUUAUCUUGGCUGCCAUGCGCUUAGACCGGCCCUGCUUGCUUCCUCGGUCUCAGAGCUCCCUGUUGGCUCCGUCACAACAGAGGAGGCUUUAGCUAUACUGUGACCGCACCCUGUCCCUCCCUCGUGUCGCCGGGGUUUAGGUGAAUCGACAUUCACUGUUUGCAUUACAAUUUACAUUACUGUGUGAAAGUUCAUCACUGCAAACCAAGAAUUGGGCUAUAAUUAGAUUACUUUGAGGGUACUUUUUUAUAUUUCAUGAAAUUAAUAAUGACCCUGUUUUUUCCAUUUGCUUAGUUUUCUGUGUACACCCGUUGCUAUUCUUCCCCCACCCGGUCUGACAGUUCCUCUUUUUCUGGACACUCGCCCUCACCCCUGCUGCUGCAGGAAGAGGGGCCCUCCACUGCCGCAGGGCCCUCUCCCGGGAGUCCUUGCGCGUCCCUGCGUGGCCUGGGCCAGGCCCCGGUUCCUGGCGCCGUGCCUUCCGCUCCGUGGUUCUGUCACCAGCGCACCUGGUCGGGCCUCUCCACGGGGACCCCCUUUAGAAAGUGCUCGAGCUGCCAUUUAAGGCACUGUGUGUCUGACAUUUUCUUUAUCCAGUUCAUACGUGUUUAUGAUAGUUUGGGUCAUAA